AUGAAGAAGUCUUUUGCCAUGUGCCUAACUGCGCAAAGGUCAUUCUCAACCAGCAUGUUAAGGAUCUACUUCCUCAAGGCCGACCAGCCUGUUAACCAGAAGACGCAGAAGAUAGUGGACCAUAAAGUCCAUAUCAGCAAAUGUGAUUACUAUGUUCUUUUCGACUGCGGUGACGACUACGGGGAUGCCGCAGUUAGCCAGGGCGACAAUGAGGCCAGUGAAGCAGUGGCUUGA